AUAUGUCUGAUUAUGAAUUGAAUAAUGAAAUAAAUCAAGAAAUUAGUUGUGAUUUUAAUUUUUUAUCAGCAAAAAAUAAAGGCAAAGUUAAAUCUACACAAGCAACUAGUAAUUGGCAUAUUCAUAUUGAAUUAAUUGAUCAAUUAUUUUCAGAUGAUAAUGAAGAUAAUUGA